AUGGGAGGGCCAUCAGCAUCUCCAGCAUCUUCAUCUGCUUAUCCAUUGGGCUAUUGCCAAGCAGAAACAGAGUUCCAGAGGGAUCCUCGACCCUAUCGGAGAAAUUAUUCCCAUGCCAAACCUCCCUAUUCAUACAUCUCACUUAUAACAAUGGCCAUUCAACAAUCGCCAAACAAGAUGAUGACACUGAAUGAGAUCUACCAGUGGAUCAUUGACCUUUUUCCUUACUACAGACAAAACCAGCAGAGGUGGCAAAACUCAAUUCGUCACUCUUUGUCAUUUAAUGACUGCUUUGUUAAAGUUCCACGUUCACCAGAGAAACCAGGAAAAGGCUCCUACUGGACUCUUCAUCCAGACUCUGGAAACAUGUUUGAAAAUGGAUGCUACCUGAGAAGACAAAAGAGGUUCAAAUGUGAAAAGUCUAGGACUGAAGAUUCAGAAAAAAAAAAACUAGCAAACUUGGAGGAUGAGAAUUCUUCUUCUCAGUCGCCAAAAAAUGCAAUUAACAGGGGAGACACGGACUCAUCAGUGGCAAUCUCCCAACUAAAUAUGGCUUCACCAGUGGGUAUUAGCCCUAACUCUGAACAUGGUGGGUCUUCAUUACAGCUCUUAUACCCAAUGAGUCUCUCUAGUGACGGUUAUCUUUGCAUGGUGGGAGAAGAUGCUCAGAUGAAGCAUGAGCAAUUUGCUGGGAGGCGCCCAUUCUCUAUCACACAACUCAUGUCUUCUGAAAAUGCACAAACAUACUCCAGUAAAACUGACAUGUGUCCAACCACAGAUCAUCUUCCUCACUACCAGAACUAUACUCCUGAUUAUCAUAACAUGACCCCUUCAAAAAAUUUAAUGGACAUGCCAUCAUCCUCUGAUGCAGGCUACUAUUCUAAUGUGUAUUCCAGACCCAUUCUCAGUUCUCUGUGA